UGGGCGCGACCUCAGGGGCCCCGGCGUCCCCUCCAUGACCCCCGCGGCCCAGGCCGCUCUUUGCAUCUUGUCUCGCCCGCAGCUGGCCCCGACCGGUCCAGGGGCCCGAACGCGACCUUGGACAAGUCUGCCACCCCGGGUCGCCCCUGCUUCGGCCUCCGGUGCAGGGCAUGUCCCGAGGCAGUGAAGCCCGAGCGGGGGGUGGGGGUGGGGAACUGAGGCAAGAACCGUACUUUAACUCCGCCCCUGCCCCUGGAGGCCGCCCUCGCAGCGGUGGCUACAAACUUUAGCGUCUCAUAAGUUACGGAGGAGCGCUUGGAGCACUUGGUCCCUGCGGCGCUGGAUGCCAUGAGUUGCUAAAAGUGAGCCUGUCUUUUCAGCUCUCUUGGGGCAUAGUGUCGGGGGCACAGAGCCAUGUCUGACCUGCUCCUCCUGGGCCUGAUUGGGGGCCUGACUCUGCUGCUGCUGCUGACACUGCUGGCCUUUGCCGGGUACUCAGGGCUGCUGGCCAGGGUGGCGGUGAGUGCCGGCUCACCUCCCAUCCGCAAUGUCACUGUGGCCUACAAGUUCCACAUGGGGCCCUACAGCGAGACUGGGCGGCUUUUCACCGAGAGCUGCAGUGUCUCUCCCAAGCUCCGCUCCAUCGCCGUCUACUACGACAACCCCCACAUGGUACCCCCUGAGAAGUGCCGCUGUGCAGUGGGCAGCAUUCUGAGUGAGGGUGAGGAGUCUUCCUCCCCUGAGCUCAUCCAGCUCUACCAGAAGUUUGGCUUCAAUGUGUUCUCCUUCCCAGCACCUAGCCAUGUGGUGACAGCCACCUUCCCCUACACCUCCAGCCUGUCCAUCUGGCUGGCUACCCGCCGUGUCCAUCCUGCCCUGGAUGCCUACAUCAAGGAGCGGAAGCUGUGUGCCCACCCUCGGCUGGAGAUCUACCAGCAAGACCAGAUCUAUUUCAUGUGCCCACUGGCACGGCAGGGAGACUUCUAUGUGCCUGAGGUGAAGGAGACAGAGCGGAAAAGCCGGGGGCCUGCGGAGGCCAGUGACACCCAGAUGGAUGGCACAGGAGCUGAUACGACGAGUGACACAAGUUCUGUGAGCCUGGAAGUGGGUCCUGGUAGCCGGGAGACUUCAGCUGCCACACUGUCCCCUGGGGUGAGCAGCCGUGGCUGGGACGACGGUGACACCCGCAGUGAGCACAGCUAUAGCGAGUCAGGCGCCAGUGGCUCAUCCUUUGAGGAGCUGGACCUGGAAGGCGAGGGACCCCUGGGAGAGCCAAGGCUGAGCCCUGAGGCUGAGCCCCUGGGGACUUCCAAGUGGCCACGGGAACCUAGUACUCCUGAGAAGGGUGAGGAGUAACCCUAGGCCUGCAUCCUCCUGGGGUGCAUUUGCUAAGGAACUGAGCAGACUCUCCAGCCCUCUUCCUCUUUCACCUCUCAGGCCCAGGCUGGGGCCAGGGGUCCCAGGGGGGACAUGAUUUCCACUGCCCCAGGCUCUCGCUAAGCCUUCUUACCGCCCUCUCGGCUCCCAGGGCUAAAGGAGCCAAGGACUGUGUUCUGCACCCAGACCCCGGGGCUCCUGCCCCUCUGACGUGUUUUUUCAGAUUCACUUUAGAGCUUCCAGGACUCAGAAUAAAGCAGAUGGUUUUCUCGUU